AUGAGAUAUGAAGCACAUGAUGAUUAUUUAUUUCUACGUUACGAUUCGGUGAAUCCACAAGAUGUGCUUCUUUCGUUUUCGUCUCUUUUAUGUAAAGCGAAGGAGAAUCGAGUUGAAAAAUGUGUAAUUGUUUUUCGGUAUCCAAGUGAAACCGAAUCAAAUGAAAGGCAAAAAUACAGCGACAUAAACCAAUUCUUCUUCAUCUUCAUCAAUUGUUCUUCUCAAAAAAAAGUUGAAAAUCUUCUUUAUUCGAUUGGGUUUGCCAUAUGUCUUAAACAGUUGAAAGAAUUUCAAUGCCAGAGGAUGCUUUAG